AUGGCCGACGGAACGAAUCCCCCGCUCAGCUACGAGGCCUCGGCCACGACAACCCAUCCGUACGUGGGCGCGACACUGCCUCCAGAGGUUAUUGCCUGUCUGAAAAACUCGCGAUAUCUUCACCUGGCGACCAGCGAUGGACUCACCCCGCACGUCUCGCUCAUGUCUUACACCUACCUACCCAGCACCCCAUUCGAUGAAUACCCCAGCAUUAUCAUGACCACAAAUCCCUCAUCUCGAAAAACCAUCAACCUCCAAGCCAACCCGCGUGUCUCCCUACUAGUGCACGACUGGGUUUCGCAUCGCCCACCCACGCGCGCCCCCAAUGCCCGCGACGGCUCACCACCGCCGGCCGCCACACGCUCGUCUCUCGCCAACCUGCUACUCAAUUUAAACACGAGCGCGCUCUCGAGCAUCUCGACGACCAUCACGGGAUCCGCGCGCUUCCUGCAGCCGGACUCUGAGGAGGAGCGCUGGUGCAAGACUCAGCACCUGGACAACAAUACCUUUGUGGCUGCGCCCGGCGAGGAAAUCCCGUUUGCGCAGCGCAGGGGCAGCGGAGUCGCCGAGACGCCCAUGAUUGACGAUGAUAGUCGUGUCGUGGUAGUGCAGGUGCGCGAGGGCCGGAUUGCAGACUGGAAGGGCGGGGUGCCAGCCAUGCGUCUCGCGCACCUGCACCUCCCCGGCAUCACGCCGUUUUCCACCGUGGCCAAGAUCCAGCAAACGCUCGCACUCGGCCAUCUCGCUCACAAAAAGGCCGUCUCUCAGAAUCCUUUGUCAUCUUCGAUACAAACAGCCCCAGACCCAACAAUAAUAACCUUCACCCCCAACCCAGUUUACACCACAGGACGCCGCGACCUCCCGCCAUCCAACACCUCCUCGCCAACCGAUCCGCAACCCUCUCGAGAGCUCUCGUUGCCUCCCUCGCUCGAACCGAUUCGCCAUUUACUCGUAGCCCCAGGCGGAAACAAAGAGCAGCCCACCGCGGAAUACCAUCCUACCCUGCGCGGAGGACAGACUACAUAUCAUGGGCCCGGCCAGCUGGUCGCCUACACAAUCCUGGACCUGCGCCGUCUGGGCUUGUCGCCGCGGUGCCAUAUUCGGUGUCUCGAAACGUCGGUUAUCGAUGUUCUCGCCUCGUAUGGCGUGCGCGGCUUUGUCACUGAGGAUCCGGGCGUGUGGGUGAAUGACAACAACAACAACAACAACAACAACAACAACAACAACACCAAAAACAAAGAAAACGAGUUAUCGACAGAAGCAAAGAAAAUCACAGCCGUCGGCGUCCAUCUCCGGCGGCACAUUAGCUCCUACGGCAUCGGACUGAAUGUGACCAACGAGCCCAUGUGGUAUUUCAAACAGAUUGUCGCGUGUGGGCUCGAAGGGCGCGAGACUACGAGUUUGGAAGCGCAGGGUCUGGAACUACAUCCAAACAUAUUGAAAGAGGUUGGGACUCGGUUUGUGGAUGCGUUUGUGAAGCGGCUGCAUACGGAUUAUGCGUCGUCGCCCAACCAGGAAAAGGUUGAUGAGGUGUAUCGGUUAGGAAUGGAGGAUGUGGUUGCGUUGGAAAAGGAGCGUGUUGCUGGGAUUUAA